UCAUGUUCCGGAUUCUUAGACACUCGCAUAUACACAUAGAAGCGGGCGCAGCAUGGCAGCGGAUAGCACGGUGUCUAAUGGCAGUAAAACGACGUCCCUGAACGGCGAGCCGGUCGUCAAGCGGGCCCGUGAAUGUUCGGAGGACUGCGAUGCGCCCCGGCUUUUAAAAUCGGAGCCGCUUAAUAAAGUGACUGUGGUUCUGGGCGCUCAGUGGGGUGAUGAAGGAAAGGGGAAAGUCGUGGACCUCCUUGCGAUGGACGCAGAUAUAGUGUGCAGGUGUCAGGGAGGUAACAACGCAGGACACACUGUCGUGGUGGAUGCCGUGGAGUACGACUUUCAUCUCCUGCCCAGCGGAGUGUUGAACAAGAAUGCCGUCUCCUUUAUUGGAAAUGGAGUUGUAAUUCAUCUGCCUGGCCUGUUUGAGGAGGCAGAGAAGAAUCUGAAGAAGGGAAAAGGUCUGCAGGGAUGGGAGGAGAGGCUGAAGAUUUCGGAUCGUGCCCACAUUGUGUUCAACUUCCACCAGGCGGUUGAUGGGGUUCAGGAGCAGCAGAGACAGCAACAAGUUGGAAAAAAUUUGGGCACCACCAAGAAAGGCAUCGGUCCAGCCUACUCUUCCAAAGCCUCCCGCAACGGCCUGCGAGUUUGUGACCUGGUGUCCGAUUUCUCUACCUUCGAGGACAAGUUCCGCAUGUUGGCUGGCCAUUUUCAGGCCAUGUACCCCAUCCUGAACAUUGACGUUGAAGCUGAGCUGCAGCAGCUGAGGGGUUUUGCUGAGAGACUGCGCCCCCUGGUGACAGAUGGUGUGUACUUUAUGCAUAAGGCCCUCACUGGUCCCAGCAAGAAGAUCCUGGUAGAGGGAGCCAACGCAGCCUUGCUGGACAUUGACUUUGGGACGUACCCCUUUGUGACAUCAUCAAACUGCACAGUGGGCGGCGUGUGUACUGGUCUGGGCAUACCUCCGUCACACAUUGGCCGAGUCUAUGGAGUGGUCAAGGCCUACACGACUAGAGUAGGAGUCGGAGCCUUCCCCACGGAGCAGGACAACGAAGUCGGGACCUUGCUGCAGUCUCGAGGCAGGGAGGUUGGGGUUACCACAGGUCGUCGCAGACGCUGCGGCUGGCUUGAUUUGGUUCUGGUGCGCUAUGCCCACAUGGUCAAUGGCUUCACUGCGCUUGCUCUUACCAAACUUGAUAUCCUGGAUACGCUACCUGAGAUCAAAGUUGGUGUAGGCUACACAGUUGAUGAACAGCCACUUCCCAGCUUUCCAGCGAACAUGGAUGUCUUGACCAAGGUCUCAGUGCAGUAUGAGACAUUGCCAGGCUGGAAUUGCAGCACUGAAGGGGCUCGGAGUUUUGAGGAACUUCCCCUUGAGGCACAGAAAUAUAUACAAUUCAUCGAGAACUUCCUUCAGGUUCCUGUGAAGUGGGUUGGCGUAGGCAAGUCACGGGAGAGCAUGAUUAAACUUUUGUAGCCAAAGGAGCGAUCCAGGUCCCAGCACCCAGCACCUGUGCUCCUAUGUCAGGCACUCAAAAUGCAAUAAUACCAGACCAGCACAUGUCUUCUAUAUUGCUACUGAAUCAUUUACAUUGGGACCACACUGUCGUCAUUGUCAUCCAGUCGUGACAGAGCAAUGAAGUAAUAGAUAACUUAUUUAGUAUUAAGUGGGAUGCUGGGGACUGCCUCUUUUUAUAACAAAGUUUAUUAGUGAAGUUUUUUUUUUAAAACAGUACCUUGAUUUUUCCAUUUGUAAGCAUUUCAUUGAUUAUUUUCUGAUGGUUAUCUGGCUCUCCAGCCUGAAGCUUUUAUCUGUACCAGUUUGUCAAUGAAAAUUAUCAUUGAGCUAUUUGCCAAACUGAGGCUUUUGUGGAAAGCGCUUUGGAAUCGGUGAACACUUCAAGUUACCUCGAAUCGUGUUAUACCUCUUACAGUAAUCGUAGUUUGAUGCAUAUGAUUGAUUCUUGCAGUCUCAUCGCAGGGGAUUAUUUUGAACUUGAGGUUCACUGAUAUGUGCUUAUUAACAUAACCAGUUUGAUGCAGAAAUUUCAGGGCAUGUAAAGCAAAGGGAUUUUGUAUUGAUUUUUAAUGAAACUGGUUUUAAGGUCUUUAAAGAGCAUGUUUUGCUAGUGGAGAGCUCACCCUGAUUGAUGCCAGUGCACACAGACAAAAUCCUGCAUGCUGUUCUAUCUAAAGAAAGGCUCUGAAUCAUAAAUAGGCUCCAUCGGGUGUGGGGCCUGAAAUGAAACACGCUCCCUACGCACUCUUACUAGCUGCUAAUAAAUGUAUUAAAAUCUAA